GCGAUGUGCUUGUGGUACAACACGGCUUUGAACAUGCGCCUGAAGGUCCUCGCGGUGCGAAAAAUGCUGCGCACCCUCAAGUCCAAAAACCACAGACGGGUGUUCAGCCCUUUCGCCUCCACAGACUCCGACGUUAGUCGACAAUCAGUGGAUCAAAGGCAAUGCACAGUCCGCUUCAACGUGAGCAGCACUCCCACUGACUCGAACAACAGCGACUCUAGCCAUUCCGAUCAUAAAGAGAGUUCUGACGAAACUAGUCCCCCUGGCGAUGGUGAGACGAAUGAGGAAGAGAAAGGGGAUGAGGUCGAUAACGGGAAGGUUGUUGACGGCCAACGCACACCGGAAAUAGUGAUAUCGGACAGCAACUACGGCACGUCGGACACGACGGCGUCCAGCGAGAGCGGCUACAGCACGACGCGCGAGCACGACGCCGCCUGGAGCAGCGACGACGUGUUCGACGUCGGCAACCUGGAGGAGCUCACGCAGCUGCGGCUGCUGGGCAAGUGCGCGGUCUCGCCCUACAGAGUGUACCAUCAGGAGAUGCUGAAGACGCAGGGCAUCCGGCGCUGCAUGCAGUUCAUGAACAAGAUGCGCUCGCACGUGCUGAACAAAGCACAUCGCACACUGGAGAAGCCCGAUACCGUGACCGAGGAAAAGACUGACCCCUUGACUGAAGACGACCCGGCGGAAGUGUUUGAUGACACCAAAGAAGAAGAGGAGAAGAAAGAGUCUGAAGAGGACGAGGAGGCCAAAAAGACUUACGAGUUGAGGAGAUACGGCUGCUGCUCAGAAGAGAGUCUGGCAAUGAGGCUACCUUCGUAUCGCAGCCACCUGCUGUUGUUGAAUUCGGUUUGCAUGGAGGCCGUGCACGACUACCUUACGCUGAGGCUCGAGGAUCGCCCCGCCAACCCCUCGUGUCUUACCGUUAAGCAGCUGAUCCACGAGCUGAAGGAGGGCCUGGACAUCGCGCUGGAGACGCGCACGGCGUACGCGCGCAACAUCGAGGUGCUGCUGGCCGGGAACCGCGCCGCCGACGCCGUGCGCCGCGACCUGCUGCUGCUCGUGCGCACCUUCGACGCCUCCGUCGAGACCGUGCUGAAGGAGUACCUGUCGUACCUGCGCACCAUGUCGCUGGUGGAGCCGCUGCCGCGCAACGCGCUGCAGCAGGAGUGGGCCUUCUCGGCGCGGCUGGCGCGCCACCUGCGCCCGGCCGCCGCGCAGGCGCCGCUCGCCUUCUCGGAGAUCGCGUGCAACCAGCUGGAGCGCAUAAAGAACCAGUUCGAGUGGAAGUUCAAGCAGCUGGACGCCGUGGACGAGACGGCGGGCGGCGACGCGUCGCGCCACGUGGUGUACGCGCUGUGCCGCGAGGCGCAGCACAUCUACGCCAGCGAGCGCGAGGCGGCGCUGCAGGCGGCGCAGUGGGCGCGCCAGCUGGCCGCGCGGCUGCAGCGCGCGCCGCCGCCCGCCUUCGUGCCGCAGCGGGGCGCCAUCUUCAGGAGCCUGAUGCGGCUGCGCGACAGCGUGGUGGCGCACACGCGCGAGAUCGUGUGGCGCUCGGCGGCCGUGCAGGCGCCGCCGCCCGACGGCUGCGAGGCCGACGCCGCCGCCGCGCGCGUGCGCGAGCUGCUGCUGCAGGCGCACCGCCUGGGCUUCGAGCUGCACAAAGAACUCUACAGAUUUGCGCAGGCGCCCUUCCAGCUGCAGGAGGAGAAGUGCUCCAAGAAGCGGCCCGUGUCCCUCCAGCCGAUCAGGCCGAAAGCGACCGACACGCGACGAAGGAGGCCCGAGACGAUGAUCAUUAACGAAUCGGUCAACCCCAUGAUUCACAAAGAGCUGCACCGCUUCGUGAAUGAGUCCCCGGGCCGCGGGUCUCCUCCGGGAACGCGGCGGGUGGCGGGGUCGUCCCCUCCGCGCGUUUCCCGUUUCAAGUUCUUCCGCUCCGAGAGCAUCAGCGAGGACGUGGAGCUGGCCAACUCCGUGCUGGACGAUAGAUUCUUCGACAAUAUUCAUAAUUUCGGUGACAACCAGGUGAAACCAUCUUUACUUUAGUCAAUAUAAUUUAUCACCCGUUGUAACAGUGAAUAGAAGGCUACCGGUUUCACUUCACUUUUAUUGAAAUUAAAUUAUUCACAAGUAUUAUUUAUUUGACUGAAUAUCAUUAUUUUUACUAUCAUGAUAUUCACGUCUGACGGACAAGAAACUGCGAGAGAGGAGCCACCUGCAGAUGAAUGUGUAUCACGCGCUCCAUCUGCCGGUGGAUUUCUACGGAGUCUGGGUGGGGAACGGUGGUGGUAAACGAGAGAGGACACAGUGGUGGUUGGACUCUCGGGCUGCACACACGCUACCUAGAAACUGUCCUACGUUUCGCCUAGUGCCUAUUUUGAUCGUUAAAAUUGAUAGAAAGGACAAAGUUGUUAUUCGAUUUCAUAGUGGUUAAAAUAUACAGUGUUACUUUUCAACGUAAUAUCAAUGCACAAUGU